AUGAGCGUCGCAUACUGGGGCCCAUGGCAGAGCGUGCCACGCUUCACCACCUACGCCGUGUGCACCAUCUGCACUGAGAUCUACAGCACCCUGGUGGCUGCCCUGGCUGUAGCCCAGCUGCCCUGCAACGCCUCGCCGCUCGCGGGAGUGCUGCUCUACUGCGUGGGGCUCUUUGUUGCCGUGGCACGGGCCUACUGUGCUGUGCUCGCCCUCCGCCUCCAAGACGAGCUAAGCUGGGUCUGCCGCCGGCCGCGGCUCAAGUCGCGCGGCGCCGUCUCCCAACAGCCAGCGCAGCCAGGGCAGCCAGGGCAACCAGCGCCCGGUGGCGAGGCCUGGGAUGCGCGUGGCGGGGCGCAGCCCCGGCCCUUGAUGGAGGAGAAGCGGCCAGGGCUCUGGGGCCUGGGCUUCUUGCAGCGGGACAUCGUGGAAGACACCGUCCGAGAUUUCAACGAGCCUGACGAAGGAGAUCCCUCGAAGGCUCCCCUGGCUUGCCCCUUCCUACCCGACUUUGUGUGCCCUGUCCUACGGCGACGGCUCGUGGGACGGCGCAUUCUGGCAGUUGGCAGCAGCAGUGAUGCCAUCCUCCGCGAUCGGCGGUGCCAAGCCCGCGUGCGGGGUAAGCUCCGGCUGAACAUCCCCUUCAAUGCGGCGCUGGCGGCCUUGCGAUCUGACGACAACGAGAACCAGCAGCCCUCCAACGAAGGGGAGGAUCCCUUGCUGACAAUCUCACCAGAUCGGAAGUUACACCUCGACAGCGAUUUCGGAGAGACCCAGAGUAACCAGAAUUCUCCGACCAACCUGCAGCGUAAGGCGCCGCGGAAGCUGGAGGACUUCCCUCCCAGGAAGCGAAAACCCAAGGUGGCCCAGGCUGUCAUCAUGCCGCCACCGCCACCGCCCAUGCCCGUCAAGGAGCCGCCCACCAUCUCGUCUGAAGUGGCGCAAGCGUUGAGAUUCCUUCUGGGGAAGGACGAGGGCUCGCCGGCCUCGGCUCCAAGCAACAAAACGUCCAGUCGGCAUGGUUCCAAAGAGCGCUUGGCGUCGUCUGCCGCAGGACCCCGCGACAGGCGCGCCUCCACGCGCUCGACCCUGGGCUCGGAGCGCCGGGGCUCCAACCUGGCGGUGCCGGCGCACCGCGGCUCCGCCAUGGGCUCCAACCUCGGCCGGCGGAGCUCGGCCGGCUCCUGCGCGCGCAGCAGCGUCAGCGCCAGCCCGGGUGGACGCCCGAGGAUGUCCAGCUCGAGGAUUUCCAUCGACUCAGACCUGGCGUCCUUGGCCUCCUCAGGAGACCGCCGAAACUCGGGGGAGCGCCGGCUUUCGAAAAGGCGGCUAGGUCCGCUUCGCUUAGGCUCCUCGCUGGCGAGGUCCGAUGCCGACCGGAACGGGCCUCGCUUGCAGAAGGUCGAGAGCGUAAUCAGCGAAGCAAAAUCCGAGGCAUGGUUGGCCCGCGAGCUGGGUAUUCCCAUUUACGUCUUACAGCAGUCGCUGACUAUCUUCAAGAAGUACUGCUCUGACUACGACGGGACCAACCUGUUCUCAGUGCAGUUUGACAUGAGAAACUUUGCAGCCGUCCUUUGCGAGAUGACUGGCGUGGACUCCACAGAGCAGCUGGAGACUCGCUUUGUCUCGGAGGCUUUCCGGCAGGCAGACUUCACCAAAAGCGGAGGUGUGACAUGCAAAGAGUUUGCUUUGUGGUUCGCGGCCUUUGGCUUCUCGAACUACCUUUGCGUCACAAAGGAGGAUCUCCCCUACCGCGGCCUGGCGCGGAAGUUAGGCAUCGACGUGCUGCAACUGGAGCGUUACAAAGAGACGUUCGAUCGGUACGACGAGGAUGGCAGUGGAGCCAUUGACAUGGAGGAGUUCGAAUGCGUACUUCACGACUUCCUGAAGGUUCCCCCUGGUCACCACCUCUCCCGCGAGCGGAUCAUGGUCUUGUGGCGCGAUGCCGAUCAAGAGGCUAAGGGGGAGCUGGACCUGGAAUCGUUCUGCCGCUUCUGCCAGCGACGCUUCGAAAAAGAUUCGGGCUCGGAGAUCUCGUUCAGCGACUACUACCGGAGCAUACGCCGGAUUCCUUCGGCACCGUCCUUUGUUUGA